AUGUCCCCGCUCAUUACCCCUCCCCACAUUGCAGCAGAAGCAGCUGCUGCAGCAGGUUACCAUGGUCUUGGUUCUAUUCGCAAUUUAAGUAGACCCCCAUUAUUCAUACAAGAAGAAGAAGAAGAAAAGGAGGAGGAGGAGGAGGAGGAGGAGGAAGACAACUUGAGCACUUGUUCAGUUUCAACCAGUCAUUUGAGCACAUUACUGCCAAUUGAAGCAAUCACCAAAAACCAAGCAGCACACUCCAGAGCAAAACGCAUGAAACGUAUGGUGGUGGAAAACACAAUGCUUUCUUAUGCAACCGACUAUACCAUAGAUGACAUUGUAGCGCGCACACCUAUCCGAAUUGAUGUACCAAAUGUGCACAAACAGACAGAAAACCAGAGGUUGACAUGCAUUCGACUCAAUCUUCGCUAUCCUUCUAUCGUAUUCAACGCGAUUUAUCACAAGGGCGUCUUAUCAACUGAGCAAGGAGUAGGAAGACAACAGCAGCAGCAGAAUCAAGCGUUGGCAUUUUUUAAUAGAAAUCAAUUUUUUACUGACCAGAUUGAACAAUCAAGGCGCUACAGCCAUUACCGCGUUCGCAAUACAAGUGGGUCUACCUCAUCUCAAUCCAAUGUUCCUGGCAUUCGACGUUUAUCCCAUCAAGCUCCAAGCAGCGGUGGUGUUUCGAUCCGUUCCAAUUCAGAUGUACAUAAUACUCCUGAGAUGCACAAUCUUGACCUUGAUGAAGAUAUGGAAUUAGAGCGUGUGCAGGAGGAAAAUACGAGUAUCUGGCAGCAACAGCAUCAGUUUCAAACUAUGGAUGAUGAUGUGAUGGACUAUGGAGGGGAUAACAUUGAUUUCGAUACAGAUUUGAAUGUUGGUUUCAGUGAUGAUCUUUUACAACAAGAACAACAGCAACAGGCCCAAGAAGAGGAGAUGCACGAAUUUAUGGGACAAUUGCCCAACCCAUUCUUCUUUAAUGAGCAAUUCCAGCUUGCGCACUCUUCCUCAUUGAUGGUCGCUAAAUCAUUCACCAACAUCCUCGGUAGGUUAUAUUUCCCUUUCUUUUUCUUUUGUUUGUGUGUAUUCCAUAUGCAGUAA